UUUAUGCCAAAGGGAUUGUUAUCUUUCCUCCCAACUCACUCUGUUGUGAGUUCGCGUGCAUUUCAAACACUCAUCUGGUAUGUCGUUUUGGUCCUUCGUUUCCACAAGUCCGAGUUAGUUCGCACUUGGUAAAAUGACGUCCCCGAAGAAAACAUCGACAAGCGCUGGUGGGUCUGCCCCCGAUGGUCCUAAAUAUGUUCAUUUCAAGGAUAAGUGGUUUUUGGACUUCGUUGUAGAGGGGAGCCUUGUUGGGCCAGCUCUUUUCUUGCGGUCAGCUGCCUUUCCAGACGCUAAGGGAGCAGAACACGUUCUUCCUGUGGGUACCAUCCUUUCGUUCCAGAAACAGGCUGGAGGCUUGCUGAAGCUGCAAACGAACGUAUUCUACGACAUUUGCAGACUACCUCUCAAAGGUGUCAAGGGUGCGAUGGUUUCAAUCAAGAAUUUCGCCGGAUACGGCUCGAACAUGCUUCGCUGCCGUCACUUCCAAGGGCUUUACGAUAGCAAAAGCAGGCCUCUUCCACAUCCAGUCGAGUAUCUCGAUCUCGCGCUGAAGGUUGACAAAGAGCGUCCCGUUCUUCCGCGGGAAUAUGUUUUCCGGCUUCUACCAGCCCCUGAGGGGUCGUCCGGCUUGGCUCAAGAAACCCCUCUAACGAAAGCGGCCCAAGGGAGUAUCAUUCACGGCACUGAGGGUCAUGACGUGGGACAGGCGGGCAGAAGUCAUCUGAAGUUAGGCCCGAUUUCUUCUAGGUCCACGUCUGAUGGUACUGUGCCUUCCUUGGCUUCUCCAGAUGCAGGGACUCAUCGGGUCGUGACACCGAAAGUCCUCACGUUGCGCUGCCAGGGUGACAAGUUCUCGCUUCGAGAUGAGACGAGAAGAAGAGAAUCCUCUGGAGGGGAGCCGACUUCUUCAGAGAAGAAGCGCGAGCGACAGAAGGCGGUACGAGAGGAGGUGGAGGAACAAACCAGACACAUGAAGAGGAUGAGAGGAGAGGAGGAGCUAAUGACUGGCGAGGAUGAACGUGUCUUGGGAAAAAGGCCGGCAAGGAUGCGUGGCGGACAAGAAGAAGGAGCCAAAAAGAGGCAGUCGAAGAAAGAACCUGCAACAGCAAGUAAGAAAACGAAGAGGGACGGCGGUUUGACCAUCGUCGAAGGGCAAGCCCUGGAAGAUGUGGGUGAAGGCAUUGCCGCCGCGGGGGAACCGUCUGAGAAAUCUAAAAGGAAACACGCAGCUGAAGAAGGUGAUCGCCCGAAGAAAGCUCGAAAGAGGAAGGGUGGUGAGGGGACGAGUGGUGGUGAAGGGUCUGUUGGUAAGGUUUACGACGAAGCGGCGGCGUUUUGGCUCGAAUAUGAGCGAAACGAUGACGGUAAAAUUGUGGAGAAGGAGGACCCAAUUCAACUGGUGAUCGACCCGAGGAAGGUCUGCGAUAUUCCGUUGUGGGAAGACUAUUAUAAUCACUGCAGUCUCAAAACGGAAAGUGUGGACAACAUUAAGAACGCAAUGCUAACGCAGUUCCGCGAGGAGAAGGGAAAGAUAUGGACGAAAAACGCUUUGGUUGUGGCUCCCAUCUACAGGUCGGUGACGGAGAGGACGGAAAGAGCUCAGAGGGUUCACAAGGAUGACUUCAAGCUAGAGGACAAGGACAAGUUCUUCUAUUACCCCAUAAAUGGGCAACACACCAUGGCUGCUGUGAAGGAACUAGAGGGUGAGGAAAUAUUCGAACUGUGGAAGAUGCACUCAUGGCCGGCGAGAGUCGUGUGGUUCUCCGUUGAAGACUUCGGGGGGUAUGUGCAGGUCAGUCUAUCCGAGAAUACAAGACACAAGCAGUCAUUGCAGCGUUCGCAAAAGUCGGCGUUCUUGGACAUGCGGGACGCGUGGGAGAAAGCGGGAAGGCCGGUGGCUAUUCAAGGAAACCCAUCCGGUAAGGAGGCCAAAAAACAAGCGUUUUUCAAGUUUCAGAAAAUGCUUUUGGCAAAGAGUCCCAACGGCGCUCAUUGGACAAUGGCACAAAAGGCGACAACGCUCGCCGAUAAGGAAAAAGUUGCGGCUAUUUGCCAUGCAUUGAGGCAAUGGAUGCCGCUUGUGACGGCCGAUGAUACGGUUUUCCAAAAAGGGAUGGAGUUUUACGACAAGUGGGCCAAGGGAAAAUUGUUGGGCGGAGACGGAAAGACGCCGUUGUCGAAGCCUGGCAAAUACAUGCCAGAAAAAUCGUCGGGCCUUCAAGCCAUUCCAGAAGUGGGCUCGAGAGGGGCAGCUGGUGAGACAAAGUUGGGGUGGCUAAUCCGGGUCCCUCCGCCUCAUAACACAAAGAAAACGCAAAUGUCUGACAAGUUCUUCGUCGUCGUGAAGGAGCCGGACAUGUUCUGUUGGCAAUCUCUCGCUGACAUGACCGACAACGAACAAUUGUCGACCCUCGAGGACAUUCUCGUGCUUAAGGGAGUGUUUGUGCAAUCGGCAGGCAAGACACUGAAACGACAACAUAAGCCGGGAAUUAAAGAGAUGGUCGCGAUGAGGAAAGUGGAUCGAAUGAUGCUUCGCAUGUUCCACUACAUCUUGUUCCUUGAACAAGAGCAGGAGGCAGAGGUUUGGUGCAAUGGAAGCGACUUCUUUCGAACCGAAGAGGCGCUUCUGGCGAAGUUCGGGCCGCACGGCCUCACAAAGCAGGUCAACCGUGUGACCAGCCUUAUUCCUUUCGGAUAUCCGCCUCACCAAGCUCACAUUCGUCUCACUGAGAUCCGCGAGAUCGUGCGACAUUACGUGUGCAACGUGUACGUUCUCGAUUUGUGUGAUCCGACACUCCUAAAAGAUUGGGCAGAAGACGAUUUCGCCUUCUUGCAAAACCUUCUCCAUACCCUCUCUCCUAGGCACUGGUCGCUUGUGGUCUUCUUCCCGUCGCGUUGGGAGCUCAGUUUCUUGAAAGGAAUGGCGAAGCUUACCGUUCACCACGUGAGGACAGGGAAGUGGGUGCGCCAUGCACAGAAGAAGGCUACAAUGCGGGAAGGCAACAUGUUGGUCGAGGAUUAUGAUCGCCUGUACGUGGUUUUCAAUGGCGAGAACUUGGCAGACAACACGGUCGCAGUGUUCCCGGCCGGUAGCCCAUCGAAGCCCCCCCGUGCAAAGGCUCAAAGUCCGGCCAAAGCCGCGGCGGCGGCCCGCUCAAAAGUUGGCAGUUAUUCCGACCCUUCUGGACAGGCUGUGGCCUGUUUCGACGUGGCAGACGAGGACAAGUUUACUCGCAGCCAGUGGGAGGACGGCGGUGUGACAAGUGUUCGGGGUGCUGCUUACGGGGACAGGGAACGAAAACCGGCUCAUCUAUUUAGUCUGCUCGAAAACUUUUGUAGAGUUGGGCAAACGGUCUUUUUCUUUGGGAAGGCGCAUGCAUCUGUCGUGUGGGAGCUCCUGCGUAGCGGCCGGAACGUGGUUGUGUUAGAGGACGAGGCGAGGAUGAUCCUUCUCGAGUUCGUGAAGACUCGAGUUGGGGACCCUCGCAACCAUUGCUCUUUCGUCGAGACCACCGGCGAACGGAACUGGGAGCCCACACGUGAUCUGUACUGGAAAUUGCCGGAGAAGAAAAGGAUGGAGGUUUGGGAGUUCCUUUUCCAAUCAGGACCGCCUGCUCAAACCGACAUGGAAUAUAAUCGACGAAGAAACCUGGUGUUCGGUGUGCUGAAGGGUUACCACGGUGCCCCCAGGGAGUCUGUCUCAAGUUUCCUGAGAAGGCUGGAGCACGUUUACUUCAUGUUGGAAGAAGAACUGACCCUCGAGAACUACAAGGCGCAGUUUGACGAGGACGACGCUUUCGACGCUGAAGAUAUGGAGGAGGUGAGCGACUCCGAAACCUUCGAUUUUGAGUCCAUGGAACUUCCUCGGUUGGCGACACAUGGCGAUGAUGAAAGGGAGCAUCAAGGUGGUUCUCGGCGAUAUAGCACGUCCCCUGGCGGCUUGAAGCGUGCUGUUCUUCUACGGCAAGCACCACCGGUUCACAUCAGAGGAUGUCUGGGGCCACAAUGUCGUCUGGCACCCAGGAUAUUCCAACCUGCUGUAAAGAAUGGAAAGUGGGUUAUGGCAAUCAAGAAAGCCGACGGCAAGUGGAGUGGCCUGAACAGACUGGGAGCGGGCCUAUUUAGGAGGAAGGCCAAGGAAACUCUAGUGGAGCAUUUGAGUGUUGUCAACCCCGGAAGAAGCGUAGAGGACGUCAAUGCGUAUGCAGGGCAGAAGCUCGACGAGCUGUACGACAACAAAAUGUUGGAGUUCCGAGCUCCCUUCUACUUACUUGAUACGGCACCGUCUCGUGGCAUUGACUGGCGCAUGUCGCAGCCUCCGGCCGGUGGCCAGCAUCCGGGAGGCGGUGGAGGAGGUAGCGGAGGAGACAGCUCAGGAGACGGUUCUGACGACGCAGAGGGGAAGGGGUCGGGCGGAGAGGGUUCUGGGAAGAAGAGCUAUGCCGGAAAGGGGUCAGGCGAAACGUUGUCAGGAUCAAAGGGUCUGCUGAAACAGGGUCGGGCGGCAAGGGUUCGGGCGGAAAAGGGUCGGGCGGAAAAGGGUUGGGCGGCAAGGGGUCGGGCGGAAAGCGUAGGCUCUUCGGGAGCGAGUCCAGGGGAUCUGAAAGCCACUGCGAUGGGAGUCGACAUUCCGAUUUGCAAGGCGCUAUCCCCGUGUUCACUACAGUUCUCCAAUGUUGAGAUUCAAGACUGGUCGUCUCGCAAAGUGAUGGAGGGGCCCACUACAGGAGUGUUGGGGACUGGGGCUAGGGAGCAUCAAUGUCAUGAUUCGAACGGUGAGUCCGUCAACUUGCAAAUCGCGAGUACAGCAGCUCCGGGGGAAGAGGAGUUCUCACAGGAAACGCAUGUUGUGCACCGGGAAGAGCAGACUCAACACUCGCUGCCUCGCAAAGUGCUGGACCUUGCCGGGAUGCCUCUAUUGCGGAGGAGCAAAGGUGCGAGCGUCAGUUCCCUCAGCUCUGGCGAGCGCCGCCAAGUCCGAAUAGAUUCGGAGUUACUGGCGUCGCCCUCUAGGCCGUCCGCCAGCGAUGCUGCUCGCGCUACAGUACAAGGGGACGAAGAAAAUGUGAGGUCGAACCCCCUGCAUCUUCAGUUGGAGAGCGGGGCUAGCGAGCAUCAAUGUCAUGCUUCCGAGUGUGUGUUUGUCGACUUUGAGAACAUGAGUACAUUAGCUCCGGAGAAUGAGCAGCUCUCACAGGAAUUGAAUGGUGUGCAGCGGGAAGAGGAACUACGCCAAGGCUCAUCGAGAAAUACGAUCAGCAUCGGGGAAACCGAAGAGGAGCUACGCCACGGCUCAUCGGAAACAACCAUGGACAUCGUGGACACCGAAGAGAUUAUGCAUAGUGGGUCGCCUCUGACGACGCAAGAGGGUGACGUGGAAGGAGGUCAAUGGACGUUUGUGGAAGGCGAAAUACGUGGGGAGGAACGAUGUUCAUCGACGUUAGUGGAAGCUCGGCUUUCUGGCGAUGAGGACGUCGAUGAACCCUUGGUGGAAGCUCGGGUUUCUGGCGAUGCGGCAAGCGAAGAACGCUUCGUGGAUGUUCGGCUAUUAGGGGAUGAGGAAGGCGACGAUCAUGAUUCUCUGGUGUCCUGCUCCGGUGGUGAACAAGGUGAUCGACCGUCUGUCCUCAGUUCCGUCGAAAAAUCGAAAUUAUGGAAGACAUCGACGUGGUUAGCGACUCAGCAGGUGAAGAACAAGGUGAUCCAGCGUCUGUCCUCAGUGCCGGUCGGAAAAUCGUACUUCGGGAAGACAUCAAGAUGGUUAGCGACUAAGGUGCGAUGGAGGUGGUCAGCGACGCAGCCUUGGUCGAGGUGCAGAAUAUCGAAUGCUCUAUGGACGCUGGCGCAGUGGCGCGACGGGAGGCCGAUCUCCCUCGAAGGACUCCUGAGCACGGUGAGAUUUGUGAAUAGUAGCACUCGCUCAUCUGUCACUGUUCAGCUCCGUGGUCAUCCAGAUUGAUAUGAUGGGCUCGUUUACCUAUUACAACUUUUUAAA